AAGUAUUUGUAUAAUGUAAUUAAUAUCAACAAUGAAUGCUGCUGGAAAGGAAACUGUAUUUCACACCAAUAAAGUAUGUCGGCUAUGCUUGUCGCGUAAACGUGCAAUGUUAUCAAUUUUUUAUGAAGAUGGAACAUCACUUCCGAUCGCGUCUAGAAUUUUUAAAUAUAUCGGAAUUGAGGUCACUACCAAUGAUGGUUUCCCAACAGUGAUUUGUAAUAAAUGUUGUAAUCGCAUUGAUGCAUGGCAUAAAUUCAAAGAACAGUGCAAACACUGUGAUGAUGUUUUACGUAACUGCAGUGCAAGAAAUAUUGGUACAGGUGGUUCUUCACAAGAAGUGUUAAUAGAACAGUCAGUAAAAUAUGAAAGAGAUUUAGAAACAAACAAAUGUGAUGAUUUACCUACAAUGAAUGCCUCUUUGCUGCAGCAAGCAGAAGGGAGUCCUUUAAAGACAGAAUCUCCAUUCUAUAACAUAGCCUCACACACACACAGGAAUGCUAAAGAAGACUGCAGAGCUACAAGUGAUGAUACUGCAUGUUUAUUGGGUAAAAGUGAUGUCCUGGAAAAUUCAGCAAACCAAUACAAUCAUUCUGACAUAGACAGUGGAAAAUUGAAAAUGAAUUUGGAUGACAUAGGAAGUGAUGAUGAUAAAUCUCCCAGUAGUAAAAUACAAGAAAAUGACACUUUUGGAAAUGUAAGAAAGCCAAACAAAAGUCAAAGCAAAGUUGAGGAGACUUCAGACUGUAAUACCUAUGGCUGUUCUAAGUGUGGCAAAGCAUUCAGGUACACCAGUAACUUCACAUUUCACAUGUGUAACCUCACACCUGAGAAGCGUUUUGUGUGUAACUUGUGUGGAAAGGAUUAUUCAACAGCAGGUGCUGUGAAAACACAUCUUCACAUCCACAAGGGGAAACACAAGUGCCCCACAUGUGACAAGUCGUUCCCCUCCAAGUUCCAGGUAGAGGUACAUAUGCGCAUACACACUGGGGAAAAACCCUAUGUCUGUGAGUAUUGCGGGAAGAGAUUUGCUUAUGACAAAGGCCUUGCUCUGCACAUGAGUAUACACACAGGCGUUAAGCCUUAUAAAUGUGACGAAUGCAGCUACUCCACUACAUCAAGAAGUUACAUAAAGAAUCACAAAUCUGUGCACAGGACUGAAAAGCCAUUUGUGUGUGAGAUUUGUGGACAGGGUUACACACUACUUCCCAGUCUGAUGAACCAUCAACUAAAUCACAAUGAUCAAAAGACUUAUACAUGUGAAGUGUGUAACAAAGCAUUUAACACCAGUCGAAAACUUGCAAGUCAUAAAAUAAUGCACAGUGGUGUGCGGCCACACCACUGUGAGGAUUGUGGCAAACGAUUUGCACGCAAAGAAGGCCUUAAAGAACACAAAGUAAUUCAUACAGGUGAAAAAAAAUUUGUAUGUCUGAUAUGUAAGAAACACUUUGCAUGGCGGAAGAUUUUAAGAACACACAAAUGUGCUGGUGCCUCAGGUUGUAGCUAGUAGAUCAUUUGUAGUGAUGUUUCCCAUGUAUUCCACAGCUUACAAAUACAGAAAUGACUCUGUCCUUUGCACAUUU